AUGCCCUCCAAGGGCCACAUCACUCGCUACUGGGCAGCAACCAUCAUCGUCAUAUGCAUUCUCUACUGGUCACUCCACACGUCCAGGGUCGACGUGUGGUCACACCUGCCGACGAGCAAAACAUCACAUUCCAAUGUCGAGGCUUCACGACCGCGCAUUGGGAUGGACGAAGCCGACGAAAGCCAACACCUGGCAGUGGCGCUCGAGUCGGCAUUUGUGCCUCCGAAGGAGUAUCCGUCCCGCUUCCCCAGGAUCGUGUGGCAGACGGCCAGCGAACAGGGCCGGGAGCAGUACGCCGACAAGGCUGAGACGUGGAAGAAAGUCCAAGGGUUCCAAUAUAAUUUCUUGAAUGACGACGAAGCCACCGAAUUUGUCCAUGACAGCUUCGCCUCGCGCCAGGCAAUCGUCAAUUUCUGGGACGAACUCAGUGUGCCUGUGAUCAAAGCCGAUCUGCUCCGUUAUCUGAUCAUGCUCGCCGCCGGCGGCGUCUACAGCGACAUCGACACGUCCAUGCUGGUCCACCCGGACCGCUGGAUCCCGAUCGACCUGGGCGCCAGCACGGUCAACGCGAUCGUCGGGAUCGAAUACGACGACCACACAUACCCGAUGUUCGUGCGGCCCAUCGGCCUGUGCCAGUGGACGUUGAUGUCGAAGCCGGGCCACCCGAUUUUCGAGCUGGCCGUGCAGCGCGUCAUCGGCACUCUGCAGUACAUCGCGCGACGGAAACGGGUGACCCUGGCCGAACUGACGCUGGACAAGAUGGAGGUGCUGGAGGCCACGGGACCCGGCAUGAUCACGGAUGUGGUCAUGCACGUCUUGCAGGAACAAGGGCAGAAUGUCACCUGGGAGACGCUCCACGAGCAGAAGCAGCCCAAGUUGUUUGGGGAUGUCUUGAUCCUGCCCAUCAAUGGAUUCGCCGGUAGUCAGAAACACAGUCAUGCUGGCGAUCCCGCGUAUGGGGAGAAAUAUGUCCAGCAUCAUUUCGGGAGGAGUUGGUAUGCCCCUGAUCGGGCCGCUACGGAGGAGGCCGAAAGGAAGGCUGCUGCUGAGAAGGAGAAGGCGAAGGAACAGGAAAAAGAAAAGGAGAAGGAGAAGAAAGAGGGAGAGAAAGGUUCUUGA